AUGUCCCCAUCAAGGACAGAGUGGCAUCACGACGCGGGGCCGAGCAACGGCGAGCGGCGGCGGAGCCGGUCCUACUCGUCCCCCACGAAGAGCUUGGCGCCAUUACCCGCCGGGCUGCCCGCCAAGCCCGACUGGUCGGCGCCUGGUUCUGGCGAGCCGCGCCGCGACCCACCGCCGAUGUCCAGCACGAGCACGAGCAGCGGCGGCCGCUCACCGCGGCGUUUCCACUCGCACCCGCAGGACAGGCCAGCACACCCUCACCCCCAGGACAGACCGCAUAACGACCGGCCUCCCCACGGCGACAGACCGCACCUUGGCAGGCCAGAGUGGGACAACCGCCGAGAGCCACCACGCGAGCCGCCCCGCGACCGUCACCAUGCCGACGAGUGGCGCCCAUCAGGAGACUGGGAUCGCGAGCGUCAAGGAGUAGGAGGCGGAGGAGGAGGAUAUCGCUCGCCCCCGCGCCAUGGCGGCCGGUUCUCACCCCGCCGGGACGACGACCGCCGGCACGGGGGGUACGGAGGACCAGGAGGGCCGCGAGGGUUCCCCCCUUACGGCGAGCGCGACCGUUACGACGACCGAGACAGGUACGACGACCGUCAGCGAUACGACAGUCGUGACAGGCGACCCGAGUCGCGGUAUGACGACAGGUACGACGACCGCCGGUACGACCGACGUCCUGGCGGGUACGAUGGCCCAGGAGGAGGAGGAGGCGGCGGCGGCGGCGGCCCGGGGUACCGCGACGAGCCGCCGCGUGGGCGCAGGCGGACUCCGUCGCCUUUGCCACUGGCUCAGCGUCUUUCAAGCCCGAAGAAGAACGACGAGCCAGAAGAGGGCGAGAUUGGCGACGAGGCGCCGCCCCCGCCCCCGCCGAAGGCAGAGAGCACGAGGCCGCCGACUCCGCCUGCCGACGACCCCCCUCCGCCUCCGCCUCCAGCGUCACCUCCUCCCCCGCCCCCGCCGCCUGCAGACUCGCCACCGCCUCCGCCUGCUCCUCCCGCAGAGGAGGAGCCUUCACCGGCACCCAAGCCAAAGGCCCUGGACGCCAAGGCGCCCGCAUAUGUGCCCCGGCCGUCGGCGCCGAACCGCAAUCUUAUCGAGCCCACCACGCGCGUGUCGACGCCAGUGGUGAGAGAAGGCGAGACGCCAUCCCGACCCGAGCCCAAGGUGUUCCGCUUCCCGACUGCCGCGCAAGAGUCUGCAGCCUUCAACCGCGAGUUUAUUGGUACGACCACUCUGGCGGCGUACGACGUUGGCACCAAGCUCGGCGAGGGAACAUUUGGUGUCGUCACAAAAGCUAUCGAGCUUGCCACCAAGCGCCCGGUCGCGCUGAAGAAGCUCAUUACGCACAACCCCCGCGAUGGUGUAUCUGUCACGACCGUGCGCGAGAUUAAGAUCCUGAAGGAGUUGAACCACAAGAACGUGGUGCCGAUUCUUGACAUGGUGGUCGAGAGGAAAGCAGCAAAGGAUCGCAGUUACCGCAGCGAGGUGUUCAUGGUCUUCCCGUUCAUGGAGCACGAUCUGUGCGGUUUGCUCCUCAACAAGGACUUCAAGAUCAUGCACUCCACGCAGAAACUCAUCUUCAAGCAGAUCCUCGAGGGGCUGUUCUACAUGCACAGCAACAACAUUAUCCACCGUGACUUGAAAACCGCCAACAUUCUUGUCGGAAAGGAUGGCCACGCAAUGAUCGCCGACUUUGGCCUUGCGCGCACCCUGGGUGUCGAGCCGCUACCAAAGCACGGCGAGUACGAGUACACCAACCUGGUGGUGACACGCUGGUACCGUGCCCCAGAGCUGCUCCUCGGCAUGAAGAAUUACGGCACGGCUGUCGACAUGUGGUCGAUGGGCUGCAUCCUGGGAGAGAUGUACUACCGCAACCCGAUUUUCCCCGGCGAGACGGACGAGGACCAGCUGUUCAAAAUCUUUGGACGUGUCGGGCCACCGUCAGAGGUCAACUGGCCUGGGUGGAGGGAGCUGCCGGGCUUUAACGGCAAGGGCCACGAGCUGGACCAGCCAUGGGAGAAGACGCACAGAGAUCACAAGUCGCUGCUACUUUACGCCAAGGACUGGGGAAUGGACCGCGCCGGCGCAGACCUCUUGCUCAAGCUGCUGUUGCUCAACCCGGCCAAGCGGCCCACGGCGAGCGAGGCGCUCGACCAUGUUUGGUUCUGGACGGGCCCAGCUGUCGCCAGGGUUGGAGCAUUCCCCGCUCUCGAGUCCUCGCACGAGAUGACGACGAGGCAGCGCGAUGGGAUUGUGGACGGACCUCCGCCACAGCAGGCUAAGCCUCCCGCAUGGAGCAAUGGACCUCGCCCGCAGCAGCCUCAGCCCGCGUUCCAGCAGAACCGCGGGCCACCACCCGGCAUGGGCUUUGGCGGUGGAAGAGGACCAGGUGGGCCUCACGGCGGCCCUCCUCAUGGCGGCCCACCUCCUGGCGGUCGACCAUACGGUGGUCCUGGUGGUCCUGGUGGUCCUGGCGGCCCCGGUGGUCCUCCAUUCCGCCCACCUGGGCCGGGACCAGGCGGCUUCCAGCCCCGUCCGCCGCUCGGCAAUGGGCCAGGAGGCAACCGCGGGCCGGGCGGCGCCCCACCACCGCCGUUCAAGCUCGCCCCAGGCGGAGGAGGUGGUCUGCCCCCACGCCCAGGAGUACCUCCUCCUCCAGGUGGUCUACGUCUCGCGGGUGGCAUGCGCCCGACGUCUGGUCCAAGCUUUGGUGGUGGUGGCGGCCCUCCGGGGAACAAGCGCCCGGGCGACGAGCAGUGGCGGCAGCAGGACAAGCGCCCGCGCAAGGACGCGGGGCUUCCGUAUUAGUAGAGAGGUAGAGCAUAGCAUGGUGUAUGGUAGGAAGCAUUGUGG